AGUACCGUUCAUUGCACCAAAAUGUAAACAAUAUUUUGCAGAAUAGUCAUUGGAGAGCAUUGAAAAAUCCAGAAAUGAAGUCCUACUUAGUACUGAUUUGUAGCGCUCUUUUUGUUGGAGCGUUCUGUGCUGUAUUCGCUGCACCCAAAGAAAACGUAAAUGUCGGGGAACCUGGUUCGGAGCCUGCUUUGUACUUCCCAACGUACAACAUCAAUCCUCCAAGACUUGUAAAUCCAAUUCCUGAUAUAGAAGCCACAUCCUCAAGCAGCGACUCGUCGUCCAGUAGCAGUAGCGAGUCUUCAUCGGAGGAAGAUGAUAGAGUAAAACCUGAAGGACGUACCUUCUUCCUCAUCCUACGUCUGUUGCAACUGCUCUCGCAACAGAACUCUACCGCUUCGGGUUAAGCUAUCAAGAGUGUGCUCUGCUGACACUGCUAUAUUCGGGAACUUUGUUUGUUUUUUUUCCAAAAUAUUAUUAUAUUAUAUGUUGUUCAGAUAUUUCAAGAUUUUCAGUUAAUAAAUUUAAAUAUGGAUUGCAUUUUAAAAGGAAAAGGUA